AUGGGUCUUUGCCAAUCUACCAAAUCUACUCUUAAACUUCCUAAUAUACCUGCCUCAAAGCACAUCUAGAUUAAUUUUGAAAAGAUUAAAGAAUACGAAAUAUAAUACACACGUCAAGAAAGAUUUCAAAAAAAACAAUCUACUGAAGGAUUCUCACCUCUAAACAAUGUUGUAAAAUGA